UGGAGAUACUGUUCCCUGUUGCUUGGAGACUUCCUAUGGUUACCAAUUGGACCUGGACUUCCUCAAGUACGUGGACGAUAUCCAAAAGUGCUCCACGAUGAAGAGGCUAAGCUUCAGAAGGAGGCCCAGAGAGGCCAGUAGUGCGGGGGAACCACAGAGUGGCACCACACCCAACCAAUGGACCUCCUCAGAGUCCUUGUCCUCGGCCAGUAGCGACGACACUAGGUUUUCCUCCAUCAGCAGAGGGCGUCCCCCUCUUCCCCCUCCCCACGGAACGUCCUCCAACGCCACCACGCCCUCUAGCUCGGAGGGAGCCCCGGUGUCUCAGAAGCCUUCAGACGGGAAGCCCCCCACUGGGGCCCGAUCUCUGGCCGUACCAAGAUACAACCCCCUGGUAGAGAGAACUCUGAUGGAGACCCGGAGACGUUUGGAGCAGGAAAAGAGCCCCCUGACUCAGCCAGAGCCUCAUCCCCGCCGCAGGCUCGCCAGUUUCGGGGGAGUGGGUUCCAGCGGGUCCCUGUCGCCGUUUACCGGCUGGGGCGCCUAUAACCAGGAUACCAAUGGGAACAAGCCAAGUGGUGCAGAGCUGUCCCUCCAGCCCAGCUCCUUGCUGGGCAGUGGCCCCAGCCCCCAGAGCUCUGGCAGGGCCACUCCAGUGACAGGCCUCAGCCCCCAGCACCUGCAGCACGUCAGGGAUCAGAUGGUGGUGGCCUUGCAGAGGCUGAAGGAGCUGGAGGAUCAGGUGAAGACGAUUCCCGUCCUGCAGGUCAAGAUCUCCGUCUUGCAGCAGGAGAAGAGGCAGAUGGUGUCUCUGAUGAAGAACCCGAACAAGAACCAAGAGCUGAGCGACGUCUUCCGGAAAAGAGCCCACAGUGCGGGCAGCUCGGACCGCAUGCAGAGGCCCCCCGGUGUCGGGAAGGUGUCGGAGCUCCGAGAGGAUAAGACUGAAGAGGAGCUGGAAGCCAGGGAGCACAGUGCCACCUCAGGCCUGAGGGAGUUCAGGCAGCUGACUGCUGAGAUGGAGGCACUGGAGAGAACCAUCAAGGGAGGCCGUUUGCAUGCUCGCCACGGACUGGACCAACCUGCGCUUUACAGGAGGCCUCACGUGGCUGCCACGGUCGGGAUUGAUGAAGAAAAGGACCAGGCGCCCGCUACAUCUUCGAAGCAAUACAAGAAUGCGUCUGUGGAGACCAGACCGAUCGAAACCAGGUGCGUGGCAACUGGCGUUUCUGAGGCCCAGCUCGGAAUCGUCACAGACAGGGAGGCGGAGCUUGAAGCCCAACAGCAAAUCAUCGAAGCCCUGAAGGAGCGGAUUGGCCAAUUGGAGGCUGAGCUCAAGGAUACCACCCUCCAGACAGAGAUGGGGCGUCUGAGACUGGAGCUGCACGCCGCCGGUGCCCGGAACCGGUCCGAUAAAGGCUCCACCGCCCGGCCGUCCACCUCCAGCACAGCCACCGAAACUCAGACCCAGACCAGGAGCGUGGCGGUGGGCAACCACACACACCUGAAGGAUGCUUGCACCGGAGGAAGCUGGGAGGUGGCGGUGCGCUCUGUGGGGAUGUUGUGUAGGCCACUGGUCAGGAGUGUAAGCUCUGGCCCGGAAGUGUUAAUGAGCCAGUGGGAGGUCAGAGAGCACGUGGGGAGGAGAGAUCAGUGUGUCGGUAGGCAGGUGUUGAUGCACUCCAGGAGUGUGGGGGCAGAGAUCAAGAUGUGUGAAUUGGGCAUCAACACAGAUGUGACCUUGGGGGAUUUGGCUUCUGGUGAUGGAUGGGCAGUGGGCGAGACCGUAAAGGAGCUUGUUUCUCAUGGCGUGGCCACGGAGCCAAUCAGAGGCAUUGACCUGGGGGUCAUGGUCUCUCCUCAGACCGCCUCCCAACUCACCAACACGGCGCACAGCUCGGUGUCUCGCUUCACCAAUACCAGCCGCUCGUUCAACACCAACUCCAGCACCAACACUGUCCUCAACACCCAAGAGAAGCACACCAACACCGCUCACGCUGUCACGCGGACGGUCGCCGUGGGCAACAGCAGCGUCCAUGACCUCCAGGUGGUCGCCAAGACCCGCUCGGUUGCCGUCGGUUCCUCCUCCUGGGCAGGCGACGAUCCGACCCGAACCACCGUCGCGCUUGCUAAGGCGACGCUCCGAGACAUGGGCGUGGGAAUGGCUAGCGUCAACGAGAACUUCCUGGUCGGGUUGAAAACGCGAAACAUGGCGUGCGGGCCGUCCCUCCUGCCCGACCCCACCAAGACCAGGAGUGUUGGGGUGGGGGAGGGGAGGAUACACGACUACUCCAGCCAAUCACAACCUCCCCCGCAGUCCACACAGCUGUCUCCUCAGGGGAAGCCAGAGCCCGGCUUGGACCACUACAUAGAGAAGAUGCAGCAUCUGUUGAUGGAACAGCAGGGCCUGCUGACGGAGAGCUACAGCGAGCUGGGAGAGGUGUUCACCCCGCCUCACAGCAGCCUCAAGCCUGGCACCGUGUUCAUCCAGCCUCACAGCAGCCGCCUUGGCCCCAUCAGCAGCCAGCUGGCCAGCGCCGUGACCAGCAUGGACGCUGCCAUGAGACUGGGGCUCACUUCGCUUCCCUCCACAGAUAACUCGGAUAGCAGUCUUCAAAAUAACACACCCCUGGAUGACUUGCCCCUGGGGUUGGACGUCAGGAGACAGACCCCGACAGAAUGCCAACUGUCCACAGAUGUGCGAGUCCAGCCAGCCAAUGCCUUCAACUUAAGAUCUAUCAUGAAGAAACAAGAUGGCGACACAGGCUCUAUUGCGACCAGGAAGAGCCUGAAAUUCAUGGGCGUAAGAACAGGGUGGGACCCCCGGUGCCAGCCCCCCAGCUCUGAAGACGCCAGCUCUGAGGACGAGGAAAGGAAUGGGAAAUGCAGGGCGAGCACUGGAAUGUCAGAUCGAGAAAGUGCAGAAGCGUGUACGAGCAAAGGCGCCGUCGGCGGAGGAUGCCGAAGUCAUUUAAGAGUUCAGCUACAUGGGAGGUUUAAACUGAGUGAAAAGGUGAUGUCUGCAUGUCAGUCCCUGAGGAUCCACCUAAGUGAUGAGAAGUCCUUAACCAGCAGGGAGCAGCGGUCUUGCCUGAACACACUCCAGCACGAGUGGUUCCGUGUGUCCAGUCAGAAGUGCGCCGUCCCCGCGGCGGUGACCGAUUACCUGUCGGCCUUCAGGGCCGUCUCUCCUUCGGUGCUGAGACACGUGGCCAACAUGGCCGACAGCAAUGGAAACACGGCCCUUCACUACAGCGUGUCUCACUCCAACUUCCGCGUGGUCAAGACGCUGCUGGACGCGGAGGUGUGUAACGUGAACCAGCAGAACAAGGCGGGCUACACGCCCAUCAUGCUGGCGGCGCUGGCGGCCGUGGAGGCGCCAGACGACAUGAGGGUGGUGGAGGAGCUCUUCACCCAGGGAGACGUCAACGCCAGAGCCAGCCAGGCGGGCCAGACAGCCCUGAUGCUGGCGGUGAGCCACGGUCGGAUGGACAUGGUGCGGGGCCUGCUGGCCCGGGGAGCCGAGGUCAACUUGCAGGACGACGAGGGCUCCACGGCGCUCAUGUGCGCCAGCGAGCACGGCCACGCCGAGAUGGUCCGCCUGUUGCUGGCCCAGACGGGCUGCGAUGCCACCCUGAAAGACGGCGAUGAGAGCACAGCCCUGUCCAUUGCCCUGGAGGCUGGACACAGAGAUAUAGCUGUGCUGCUCUAUGCACACGUCAACUUCUCCAAAGGGCCUGCUGGGGGAACGCCUCGUGCCAGCAACAGGGCCCUCUCCAGCUUCAGUGGAAGAAGCCACAUUGAAUGAAAUGGUUGCCAAGUAACAUGACUGUUCUAUUCUGUGAUUUGUAUGGCUGGUUGUCUGAAAUGUAUUUUAAGCUUCUUUACUGUUCAUCUAUGCAAGCAACUGUCCCACAGGUUGGUGGAUUUCUGUCAUUUAAGAACGAGCCAAUAAGCAAAUUGAUUACUGAAUAUUGUUUAUAGAGAUUUGUCAUUGUUUGUAGCUACCUAAACAAUAUAUAUUUUAAUAUAUAGUGUGUUUCUUGUAUAUACUGUAAAGUAUAUCAAAGCACUUUGGAAAUAUAGCCUUUCGAAUGACCAAUUAUGUAUUAGAAUGUUCAAGAAUAUUUUAAUAAAGGUAUGCCCUGUGCUUUUAAUGUAAUAAACUGAAAUUAAUCAAGA